AUGUCUUCUUCCCACCCCCGCUGGACCGCCUAUGAAUACUACCCCUCAUUGGCAGCUGCAGUAGUAUUCGUUGUCUGCUUUGCAAUUGUCACUUUACUACACACAUUCCAUUUGUUCCGCACAAGAACAUGGUUCUUCAUCCCGCUCGUGAUCGGCGGAUACUUUGAGCUCAUUGGAUAUAUCGGCCGCGCCAUGUCAUCGAAACAAUCUCCCGAUUGGACUAUCGGACCCUAUGUUAUGCAGAGCACAUUGCUGCUGGUUGCACCGGCGCUGUUCGCCGCGAGUAUCUACAUGGGAUUGGGUCGGAUUAUUGUUAUGGUCAAGGGGGAGCAAUUUGCCUUGAUUCGAGUUGGAUGGAUGACCAAGAUAUUCGUCGCGGGUGAUGUGUUGAGUUUCCUGAUGCAGGCUUCUGGUGCUGGAAUAAUGGUCACCAGCUCGGAAAACUCCACAAGCACCGGCCAGAACGUUAUCAUCGGCGGCCUCAUCGUGCAAAUCGUCUUCUUCGGCUUCUUCCUGAUUAGCGCGAUCAUCUUCCAGCAACGCCUGAGCUCUCACGCCACUGCUCAUGCAGUGGCAGAGCAGUAUCCAUGGCGCAAACAUAUGUGGGCGUUGCACUCGUCCAGUAUCCUUGUUCUCAUUCGGUCUAUCAUUCGUGUUGUAGAGUAUGUCCAGGGCACGGAAGGUUAUCUCAUGAGCAAUGAGGUCUUCAUUUAUGUCUUUGAUGGAUUUUUGAUGUUUGCUCUUAUGGUCAUUUUCGUGGUUAUUCACCCUAGCGAGGUGAAUUAUCUUCUUGGAAGGGGAAAGGUCGUGACGGCUAUGGGCGGGUUGAAGGUCAUGGAGGGCUCGGGUGCGGUAUAG